AUGGUUCAAUUGAGGCAAUGGCUCACUGCCGAGAAAGUUUCUUUGGAUGAUCCAGUAAUAAUGAAUCUCCUCGAGUUUAGUGAUCUCGUUGCAAGAAAGAUUCCGUCAAUUUAUUUAACUUACUGCAUGAUACCGUUUCACUCCUAUCUGCCAACAAAGCGUUCCAAAUUUGUUAAACGAGGUCAAAAUAUAAAAUUCUCGAUACUUUCACCAGUUUUGAAAUCCCAUUUAGAAACUUACACACCUGGUACUAUCCGCGAUAUGGCUGAUAGUUUUAUUGAAGCAUACAAAAGGCGGCCAAAGAAACAAAAAGAUAUUGGAUCCAUUGAAGAUAUCAAAGCUUUGAUGAUAGACGUCGCUUUUGCCGGUUCGGACACAACCUCUUCCUCACUAUCAUGGCUCAUAUUGUACAUGACUUUAUACCCUGAAACUUCACAAAAAUUCAUGAAGAAAUUGUCAUGCACUAGGGAAGACAAAUUGCCGAGAAUGGAUGACGCCGACAACAUGCCUUAUCUUCAAGCCACCAUUUGUGAAGUAUUACGCAAGACCUCUCCAGUGUCAAGGGCAAUUACAGUGACAAUAAACGAUGCGAGAAUGGCGGAACCACAUAAAUUCAAGCCAGAGCGUUUCUUAGACGAAAAUGGGAAAUUUGUUGGAUGGACAAAGUAUCCUGCAUUUAUGCCGUUUGGUUUAGGUCGAAGAGAAUGCGCCGGAAUAUCGUUUGCAAAGAUCAUGUUAUUUACGUUUACUGCAGCAUUAUUGCAACAGCUCAAGUUUGAGCUUCCUGAAGGAGCGGAAAGACCUGCAGAAGAUGGACCACAUUUGGGAAUUGUAAAUGGUCGGAGAAUUUCUAUGUUAUCACAAGAAAAAGGUUUUAAGCUAUUAUUGUAA